GAUCGGCAUAUUAUUUUGAUGAUUAUCAAUGUGGGAGCUAGGUUUAUCAAUUAAUACAUAAUGAAAUCUGUAUUAAUGGUGGCUGAAAAGCCAUCGUUGGCUCAGAACUUAGCCAAUAUAUUGAGUAAUGGAAAAUGUACCACUAAUAAAGGAUCAAAUUCUGCAUGUGCUGUUCACGAAUGGAAUGGCACGUUUAAAAAUGAGCCGGUGCAUUAUAAAAUGACCUCUGUAUGUGGUCAUGUGAUGAGUUUGGACUUCACGGGGAAAUACAACAACUGGGACAAGGUGGACCCAGUGGAACUGUUCAGCUGUAGCACGGAGAAAAAAGAAGCGAUGCCGCGUUUGCGGAUUCCGGCGUUUUUAGCCCAGGAGUCUAGGGGCUGUGACUACCUUGUGCUGUGGCUGGAUUGCGAUAAAGAGGGCGAGAAUAUUUGUUUUGAGGUCAUGAGUUGUGUACAGCCUUACAUGAAAGGAGACAUCUGUUCUCCAAAUGUGACCUAUAGGGCCCGGUUCUCCGCUAUUACGGAUAAAGACAUUAAAGCGGCCAUGUUGAGUCUGGUGCGGCCUAAUGAGAAUGAGUCCCGCAGUGUUGACGCUCGACAGGAGCUUGAUUUACGUAUCGGAUGUGCUUUCACUCGGUUUCAGACUAAAUACUUUCAAGGUAGAUACGGUGACUUAGACGCCUCCCUAAUAUCCUACGGGCCAUGCCAGACCCCAACCCUCGGUUUCUGCGUCCAGCGCCACGAUGAAAUCCAGACAUUUAAGCCAGAAACAUACUGGGUGCUGCGAGUAACUGCCUCGACAUCUGAAGGGAGAGAACUGCCGCUAGAAUGGAAGAGAGUGAGGAGCUUCGAUAAGGACAUCGCUAAUAUGUUCUUGUCGGGGAUCAAGGAGAUUAAGGAAGCUCAAGUUAUACAAGUCCAAGCUAAGGAGAAAGUGAAGGCACGACCAACAGCUCUAAAUACCGUGGAGUUAAUGCGAGUGGCCAGUGCUGGGUUAGGAAUGUCUCCACAUGCAGCCAUGCAGCUAGCUGAGCGUUUGUACACUCAAGGUUACAUCUCGUACCCGCGUACUGAAACCACGAGUUAUCCUGAAAACUUUGAUUUGAUGGGCACCCUCCGUCAGCAGCAGAACUCUAACAAGUGGGGCGCCGAAGUACGGGCCCUGGUGUCCGCCGGGAUCAACAAGCCCAAGAAGGGCCACGACGCCGGCGACCACCCGCCCAUCACUCCUAUGCGGCCCGCCUCCGAGUCAGAGCUGGAAGGCGACAUGUGGCGCAUCUACGACUAUAUCACGCGGCAUUUUAUCGCAACUUUAUCGCGCGACUGCAAGUACCUGAGCACCACCAUCACCUUCAAGAUAGGCACGGAGACGUUCAGCUACACUGGCAACACUUUGGUGGACGCUGGCUACACCGAGAUCAUGCAUUGGCAGGCUUUCGGCAAAGACGAGUUCGUGCCUCUGCUGUCAGUGGACGACAUGCUGCGCGCGCACGAGCACCGCCUCGUCGAGUGCCAGACCUCGCCGCCUGACUACCUCACCGAGUCCGAGGUGAUCACUCUGAUGGAGAAGCACGGCAUCGGCACGGACGCGUCCAUCCCCGUGCACAUCAACAACAUCUGCCAGAGGAACUACGUGACGGUCGGCAGCGGGCGCCGGCUCGUGCCCACUAACCUGGGCAUCGUGCUCGUGCACGGCUAUCAGAAGAUCGACCCAGAACUCGUCUUACCAACCAUGCGUUCAGCCGUCGAAGAGCAACUAAACCUCAUCGCAAUCGGGCGAGCCGAUUUCCAAGCAGUCUUAUCCCACACCACCGAGAUAUUCAGAAGAAAGUUCCAGUAUUUCGUCCGCUCCAUUGAGGGCAUGGAUCAACUGUUUGAAGUUAAUUUUUCAUCGUUAAAAGCGAGUGGAAAAGCCUUGAGUAGAUGUGGAAAGUGUCGACGCUAUAUGAGAUAUAUACAGGCAAAACCCACCCGUCUCCACUGCUCGCACUGCGACGACACGUACGGCCUCCCCCAGAACGGAACCGUCCGCAUCUACCGCGAGCUCAAGUGUCCGCUGGACGACUUCGAGUUACUGUCCUGGUCUACCGGCACCAAGGGCAAGAGCUUCCCGCUCUGCCCCUACUGCUACAACCACCCUCCCUUCAGGGACAUGAAGAAAGGGUUCGGCUGCAACUCGUGCACGCACCCGACGUGCGCGUACGGCGUCAACUCGACGGGCGUGUCGGGCUGCGUGGAGUGCGACGCCGGCGUGCUGGUGCUCGACCCCGCCGCGCCAAAAUGGAAGCUCGCUUGCAACAGAUGCGACGUAAUAAUAAACGUGUUCGAAGACGCAAUCCGCGUGUCUGUGUGCGAGCAGCAAUGCUCUCUGUGCGGCGCGCAGCUGGUCACGGCCGAGUACCGGCCGGAAAGGACGCCCUUGCCGGCCGCUCUUACCGAGAUGACUGGCUGUCUCUACUGCGAGCCCGCGUUCAGUUCACAGUUAGAGAAGCACCGCGCGGUGGCGGCGCGCGCGCCGGCGGGGCGGGGACGCGGCGGCGGGGGUGGCGGCGGCAGGGCGGGGGGCGCGGGGCGGGGAAAGCACCGCUCCAAGCCGCCCAAGGACAAGAUGGCGCAGCUCGCCGCCUACUUCGUCUAGGGCAGGGGUCAACAACCCAAGGCUCUUUGGAGGUACGAUUGUGGCUCUACAACCGACCUAAACGAUCACAUUUAAGGAUUUGCCACACUGGAUGCGUUCUGCGGUCAGCGGUCAGGUCAAACCCGAUGAACAACAUUGACAGCAACCUUUGAAGUUGAAGUUUGACCUGACCGCUGCCGGCAGAACGCAUCCAGUGUGGCAAAUCCUUUAGAGUUCUUACACCACUGAAAACAACUGCAGCUCUUUCAGAUUCUUAAAACUGGUGAUUUAUACUGCGGUUGGCUCUUCUCAAAAAUUUGCCGACCCCAGCCGGACUGACAUCAUUGGCGCGACAGUAUACCCGUCUUUUUCUAACUAUGUUAAUAAAAGAGGAACGGGUAGUCUAUCUCGCCGCGAGAUACUGUCGCGUCAAUCAUGUAUUAAUCUGCUAGACCAGGGCCCUAUAUCAUAAAACUUACAAUUACAGGUGACAAGAUUGUAGAUUGAACAAGUUUGUGUACCAGAAAACAUAAUAAUCGACAAAUUUGUAUUAUUCAUUUUUAACAAAUGUGCCAUCCUCAACCAAAAGGGUACUUAUUGUCGGUCGUCAAUAAGGCGCUAUUUCCAUAUAGCUCCAAUUUGAAAUCAACCUUAUCGACAGGCGACAAUGUGGUACCUUUUGGUUGAAAACGUCACAAAUAUGUAAAUUGUAGGAAUAAAUCUACGAUCUCGAUUGUCUUAUGUGGUCCGUUUAGUGGUUGAGGCAGUCUGUCGUCAUAAUCAUAACAUAAGACCACUCAGUUUACACAUCUACUACAGUCGCCAUCAGAUAUAUCGGAGCUGCCGAGGUGCUCAAAAAUAUCUGAACACGCACUCUAACGCCUUGACAAUAGAGGCGUGUUCAGAUAUUUGUGAGCACAUUGGCCGCUCCGAUAUAUCUGAUGGCGA